AUGACGUUGCCGACGAUGAUUUCUCUUCAUCGUCGAUUCACGAAAACGCGUGGAGAGAUGGAGUGCACUAACUGUGAUAUGUGCUAAUGCUUUGCCUAGUUAUCUCGGAUCACCGAGCCCCACGGGUUUAGCGUGGGACGCGGGGUAUGUAUAAUAGUAACGAGUCGAAGACUCAUAUUGGGCCUCAAAGACAUCAUGGCUACCGAACAGCUUGAUGUCGACCUCGCUGCCCGCGAUGACCUCCAAAAGCUAGGCUACACCCAAGAAAUGUCCAGAAGUCGUGGUUUGCCACACAUUCUCUUCAUGACUCUAGCUAUCAUGGCAGUCCCCUACGGUCUUGCCGCUCCCAUAGCUACGUCGCUCGUCGGCGGUGGACCCGCCGUCAUGGUCUGGGGGUGGAUCCUGGUUUCUGCAUUCACACAAGCGCUCGCUCUCUCGCUCGCAGAGAUAUGUUCCAAGUACCCCACGUCCGCAGGUGCAUACUACUGGUGCUUCCGCUUGGCUUCGCCCAGAUACAAGGUCUUACUCUCUUGGGUCAACGGAUGGCUCACCAUGGUGGGCGUUUGGACCAUUGCACUGAGUGUCACGUUUGGAACCGCGCAGCUCAUUGUCGCUGGCGUUGGCAUUUACUACCCUGAUUGGGUAGCAACUCCUUGGCAGACGUAUGUCAUCUUUCUAGGAGUGACUGCAGUGACAUUGGUGUUCUGCUUGUUCUUCAACAAGUAUCUUCCCACCAUUGACAUCAUAUGUGCAUGUUGGACUGCAUUGGGUAUAAUCGUCACGCUAGUCUGUUUAUCCGUGAAAGCAGCAGCAGGGCGACGCUCAAUUUCGUUUGCUUUGGGAGGUUUUGAUGCUUCAGCAUCUGGAUGGACACCGGGGUGGUCCUUCUUCAUUGGUCUGCUCCCUCCUGCAUACACGUACUCUGCUAUCGGAAUGAUCGCUAGUAUGGCAGAAGAGGUUCAUAAUCCUUCCGAAGUCCUUCCGAGGGCGAUGGCAUGGUCCGUUCCCAUCGGCGCGAUUUGGGGUGUCGUGUUCCUCCUGCCAAUCGUAUUCACGUUACCUGACGUUGCAACGCUGCUAUCUGUACCUUCCGGACAGCCGAUUGGUGUGAUGUUCACGUUGGCAAUGGGAUCUAAGGGAGGAGGCUUUGGUUUAUGGUUUAUUGUAUUUGGUAUUGGAUUGUUCUGCGCUAUUUCCAUCUCAUGCGCGGCAUCACGAGCAACAUGGGCCUUUGCGCGUGACAAAGCGAUACCAUUCCAUGUCCACUUCGCCAAGAUCAGUUCCCACAUCUCCGACGUACCCGUGAAUGCUCUCUUCCUCUCCACAGGUAUCCAAGUCCUUCUCGGACUUAUCUACCUCGGCUCCUCGACAGCCUUCAAUGCAUUCGUCGGUGUCGCUGUGAUGUGUCUCGGUGCUUCCUAUGCGAUGCCAGUGGCGAUCUCGCUUGCCAACGGGAGGAAGGACGUUAGGGAUGCGCCGUUUUCUCUUGGAAAGGCAGGCCACGUGGUGAAUGGGAUUGCGGUGCUAUGGAUCAUGUUUGCGAUGGUUUUGUUUUCGAUGCCAGCUGUGAUACCCGUAACACGGGUAACAAUGAAUUAUGCCUCAGUCGUGUUUGUAGGGUUUGCGGCGAUAUGUGCAGUGUGGUAUAUGAUCAAUGGGCGGCACCAUUACUCCGGACCACCUGUUCCUCGUGACACGUCACCACAGUCGACGCCAGCGCCGUCGAAGCUUGACUAGAGGACAGCGCAGGACAGCUAUGGGAACAGGCCGUCAACGACCUAAUUUCCGCAAAGUCUUGUAUGCAUUUAUACAAUGUUCCAGGUAGGUAUCAGCUAGGAAUCAUAAGGAAAGAACACAUAUAUCUCCUGGGGAAAGGUAA